UGUAACCUGCCAUUUUCCUUCCACGGUGGAGGUAUUUUGCCGGCGUGCAAUAUAUCUAAAUUACGUUGUCAGAAACAUAUGGAAAUAUGUUGACGAAGUUUGAAACGAAGUCUGCAAGGGUGAAAGGUUUGUCCUUUCAUCCUAAAAGGCCUUGGGUCCUGGCUAGCUUGUUCAAUGGAGUCAUUCAGUUGUGGGACUAUCGAAUGUGUACACUCAUUGACAAAUUUGAUGAACAUGAUGGACCUGUGAGAGGGAUUUGUUUCCACCAACAACAGCCCCUGUUUGUGUCUGGUGGUGAUGAUUAUAAAAUUAAGGUGUGGAAUUACAAACAACGGCGAUGUCUAUUUACACUUCUGGGCCACCAGGACUACAUCAGAACUACAUACUUCCACCAUGAAUACCCUUGGAUUCUGAGUGCCUCCGACGACCAGACAAUCCGGAUAUGGAACUGGCAGUCUCGCAGUUGUGUCUGCAUCUUGGCUGGCCACAGUCACUUCGUGAUGUGUGCGAUGUUUCAUACGUCGGAGGAUUUGAUUGUGUCAGCAUCCCUUGACCAAACCGUCCGUGUGUGGGACAUUUCAGGACUGAGGAAAAAAAAUGUGGCCCCUGGUCCAGGUGGUAUGAAUGAGCGCUCCAGAAGUCCAGGACAGACAGACCUGUUUGGUAUGUCUGAUGCUGUGGUGAAACAUGUGUUGGAAGGACACGACCGUGGGGUCAACUGGGCUGCCUUCCACUCAACACUGCCUCUCAUUGUCUCGGCCGCUGAUGACCGGCAAGUCAAGCUCUGGAGGAUGAAUGAGUCGAAAGCUUGGGAAGUAGACACAUGCCGUGGCCAUUACAACAAUGUGUCAAGCUGUCUGUUCCAUCCUCGCCAGGAACUUAUCCUGAGUAACUCCGAGGAUAAAAGCAUCCGUGUAUGGGACAUGAGCAAAAGGACUGGUGUGCAGACCUUCCGACGUGAACACGAUCGCUUCUGGAUAAUGGCUGCCCAUCCAAAUCUCAACAUCUUUGCUGCAGGCCAUGACAGUGGCAUGCUUAUAUUCAAACUAGAGCGUGAACGACCAGCAUACGCCGUCCACAAUAACAUUCUCUACUACGUGAAGGAGCGGUAUCUCCGGCGUUUGGAUUUCACCACCAAUAAGGACAACCCUGUGAUGCAGCUCCGAGGUGCUGGCAGGGGUAACAAUGGUACCAGGUGUCCUGUGUACAGUAUGUCAUACAACCCAGCUGAGAACAACGUCCUUCUCUGUACGAGGACUAGUAACCUUGACAACUCGACUUACGACCUCUACGGUAUCCCCAAGGACACUGACUCAUCCAGCCCCGAUGCUCCAGAAGGAAAACGUUCCUCAGGUUUGACUGCCGUGUGGGUGGCACGGAACAGGUUUGCUGUCUUGGACAGAACUCACAAUAUUGUAAUUAAAAAUCUGAAGAAUGAAAUCACCAAAAAGCUGCAGGCUCCCAACUGUGAUGAUAUCUUCUAUGCUGGGACGGGUUGUCUUCUUCUGAAGGAUGCUGAUGGUGUCACACUUUUUGAUGUACAACAAAAGAGAGCCCUUGCCUCCGUGAAGAUUUCCAAGGUGAAGUAUGUAAUCUGGUCCUCCGACAUGUCACAUGUUGCCCUCCUCAGCAAACACAUCAUAUCCAUCUGUAACAGAAAGUUGGAGAAUUUGUGUACCAUCCACGAGAACAUUCGUGUUAAGAGUGGAGCGUGGGACGAGAGCGGCGUGUUUGUGUACACCACAAGCAACCACAUCAAAUACGCCCUCACCAAUGGCGACCAUGGUAUCAUCCGAACCCUGGACUUACCGAUCUACAUUACGCGCGUCAAGGGCAACAGUGUGUACUGUCUGAAUCGAGAGUGUGUUCCAGGACGUCUUGUCAUUGACCCGACAGAGUUCAAGUUCAAACUUGCCCUCAUCAACCGAAAAUAUGAAGAGGUACUCCAUAUGGUGAGAAAUGCCAAACUCGUCGGCCAGUCGAUCAUCUCCUACCUACAGAAAAAAGGCUACCCAGAGGUUGCCCUCCAUUUUGUCAAGGAUGAGAAGACACGCUUUGGUCUUGCAUUAGAGUGUGGAAAUAUUGAGAUUGCGUUGGAGGCGGCACGGUCCCUGGAUGACCAGGCAUGCUGGGAGAGACUUGGCGAGUCGGCCCUGCUCCAGGGUAACCACCAGGUGGUAGAGAUGGCUUAUCAGAGAACAAAGAACUUCGACAAGCUCUCCUUCCUUUACCUUAUCACAGGAAACCUGGAGAAACUGAAAAAGAUGAUGAAAAUUGCUGAGAUCAGGAAGGAUACGAGUGGACAUUUCCAGAAUGCACUGUUUCUUGGUGAUGUAUCAGAACGUGUCAGGAUCCUGAAGAACUGUGGACAGAAAUCAUUGGCCUACCUAACUGCGGCGACUCAUGGUAUAGAGGAUGAGGCAGAACAGUUGAAGGCAGGCUUUGGUGAGAAGGAUCGCACUCCAGACUUGUACCCAGCUGCCAAGCUUCUUCAUCCACCAGUUCCCAUCAUGCAACAGGAGAGCAACUGGCCUCUUCUCACAGUAUCCAAGGGCUUCUUCGAAGGGGCCAUGGCUGCUGGAGGUGGUAAAGCCAAGGGCCUAGCCAAGGCAGCCGUAGACAUAGAGGAUGGUGUUGAAGAUGGCUGGGGAGCAGAUGUGGAUAACAUUGAUCUUGGUGAUGAUGGCUUUGGAGGUGAUGGUAUGGAUGAGGACGAGAUUGGAGCCGGAGAGGAAGGGGGAGGCUGGGACGUGGACGAUGUUGAACUUCCCACUGACCUUGACAUUGGUCCCACCCCAUCAGCUGGGGAGGAGGGCUUCUUUGUACCACCUACCAAAGGACAGAGUCAGUCUCAGGUGUGGUGUAACAACUCUCAGCUUCCUGUGGACCAUGUUUUGGCCGGAUCCUUCGAGACCGCAAUGCGGCUGCUCCACGACCAGAUAGGGGUGGUGAGUUUCGAAGCAUAUAAACAGCUGUUCCUGCAGACCUACAGCAGGGCGAGGACGUGUUUCCAGGGUGUACCUACGCUGGCUCCAAUGUUUGGCUUCCCACAUCGCAACUGGAAGGAAGCCGGGGCCAGGAACGGUAUGGCUGCCGUUGGUCUGAAGUUAAACACACUUGUUCAGCAGCUACAGGUAGCCUACCAGCUUACGACAUCAGGAAAGUUCCCAGAGGCCAUCAUCAAGUUCAGAAACAUUCUACUUAGCGUUCCACUCCUUGUGGUCGAUAACAAACAGGAGAUAGCAGAGGCUCAGCAGCUGAUCGAGAUAUGUCGGGAGUAUAUAGUGGGGCUGUCUAUGGAACAGAAGAGGAAGGAGCUCCCUAAGGCUACACUGGAGGACCAGAAACGACUGUGUGAGAUGGCCGCCUACUUCACUCACUGCAGCCUACAACCAGUACACAUGAUCCUCACUCUUCGUACGGCACAGAAUCUCUUCUUCAAGCUAAAGAAUUUCAAAACUGCUGCAACGUUCGCAAGACGACUGCUGGAAUGUGGUCCUAAACCGGAAAUAGCUACUCAGACAAGGAAGAUGUUGGCUGCCUGCGAGAAGACCCCGACAGAUGCACAUGAGCUGAAAUAUGAUCAACACAAUCCGUUUGACAUCUGUUCCGCUUCGUUCACACCUAUAUACAGAGGAAAACCAGUGGUGAAGUGUCCGUUCAGUGGAGCUUGUUAUCAUCCCGACUAUAAGGGACAGGUGUGUCGGGUAACUCAGGUGACAGAGAUUGGAAAGGACUGUAUAGGUUUAAGAAUAAGUCCAAUACAGUUCCGGUAAGGAGUUAGUUACGAGCCAAACAGAAUAACAGACAUUUUCACUUCACCAUCAUAUAGACGUCAAUAGUUACAGUAUAUAGCAAGGGACAUCUAGGUUACAUGGUGUGUCUUUUAUGAAGAAAUAUUGGAAGAAGACUUUCUUGUUUUCUGGAGAUAGGAUGUGAACUAUUGGAAAAGAUAAAUAUUCAUGUACUGAAUAACUGGAUACUUCACUGGAUUUGCCAAUAGUUGCAACAUCUAGGAUAUGUGGAAUUAUUUCGCAGAAAUUCUGAAAGAUGACUUCUUACUUUAUUUCUGGGAAAGUGAACUAAUGGAAAAGUAACACUGAUGUGCCGAACAACCAGUGAACUUCGAGGAUAAUUGUGACAAUUGGAGUACAUUUAUGUAUGUGUAAGAGUGGUUACGAGAAGAUUGACAGUGAUAAUUUUUUAUUAAAUGUGGUGUUAAGUUAUUAUUUGUAAUUGUCUUAUGACUGUGAUAACAGGAUGUGAGGUGACAGGGGAUCUAAAGUGCUGGCCGAUAUACAUUUCUAUAAUUUUCAAAAUUUGAGAAACUGCUAUUGCUAAAUUUAAUACUGGAAACAAAACAGCCCUACAUCGGUAUCUGAUGUAUUGUUUCAGUGGCGAUGUUCAUAACGGUCUCAUUUUCCUGGAAAGUUUUAAUUUAAAAUUUGUAAUUUUGAAAUAUUUUCAACCUUGAUGAAAUCAUAAGUAAAUAUUCCCCUUGUAUUGUUAUGAAUUUUACUACUAAUUUCAGGUAGGAAACGUGUGAUUUAUUUUGUGUCAUUAAACAGCCAAUCAUGUGACAUGUAUCAACUUGUAAUUGCAUGAUCAUUAAUAAAUUCUGAAUAUUCA